AUGGCGAGUCUCGCGGAUUUCGAGCCGCUCGCGGCGGUGAUCCCCGCCACGAAAGUUGAGAUCACCGUGUCGUGCAGAAACCUCUUGGACAGAGACACCUUCUCAAAAUCUGAUCCAAUUUGUGUGCUGUACACUCAGACUGUGGCGUACAGGGAGUGGAGAGAGUUUGGCAGGACAGAAGUCAUCGAUAACACGCUGAAUCCAGACUUUGUGCACAAAUUCAUGCUCGAUUACUUCUUUGAAGAGAGACAAAAUUUGCGCUUUGACCUGUAUGACCUCGACUCAAAGAGUGAAAACCUGUCCAAACAUGACUUCCUGGGCCAGAUGUACUGUACUCUCGGAGAGUUGGUGGGCUCUCAGGGUAGUCGUAUGGAAAGAUCGCUUGUAGGCAUUCCUGGGAAGAACUGUGGAACUAUUAUUGUGAAAGCUGAAGAACUUGGAAAUUGCAGGGAGUCAGUAUUGAUGCAGUUUUGUGGCAACAAACUGGACAAGAAAGAUUUCUUUGGAAAGUCAGACCCUUUCCUGGUCUUUUACCGUAGCAAUGAAGAUGGAACAUUUACCAUCUGUCAUAAGACAGAGGUGGUGAAAAACACGUUGGACCCUGUAUGGCAGGCCUUCAAGAUCCCAGUCAGAGCACUGUGUAAUGGAGACUAUGACAGAGCAAUAAAAAUUGAGGUGUAUGACUGGGACAGAGAUGGAGGUCAUGACUACAUCGGCGAGUUCAGCACCAGCUACAGGGAGCUCUCUAAAGGCCACUCUCAGUUUACUGUGUGGGAGGUGCUGAACCCCAAGAAAAAGAAAAAGAAGAAGAAAUAUCUAAACUCAGGAACCGUCACUCUCCUGUCCUGCUUCAUUGAUGUCGAGGUUACGUUCCUGGACUACAUCAAAGGAGGCACUCAAAUUAAUUUCACAGUGGCCAUUGAUUUUACUGCAUCAAACGGCAACCCUUCCCAGCCUACCUCUCUACACUACAUGAGCCCGUAUCAUCUGAAUGCGUAUGCACUGGCCCUCAGAGCCGUGGGGGAGAUUAUUCAGGACUAUGACAGUGAUAAGCUGUUCCCUGCACUGGGGUUUGGUGCAAAACUGCCACCCGAUGGCCACGUGUCUCAUGAAUUCCCACUGAACGGGAACCCAGAAAACCCAUAUUGCAGUGGGAUAGAGGGUGUUCUAGAGGCGUAUUAUCAGAGUCUGAAGUCUGUUCGUCUGUAUGGACCAACAUACUUCUCACCUGUCAUUAAUCAUGUAGCAAGAUAUGCGUCAUUAGUAAAGGAUGGAUCUGAAUACUUCAUCCUCCUCAUCAUCUCUGAUGGGGUCAUCUCAGACAUGGCUCAGACGAAAGAAUCCAUUGUAAAUGCCUCCAGUCUUCCCAUGUCAGUUAUCAUCGUUGGAGUCGGGCCGGCUGAGUUUGACGGUAAGAUGAGAGACCCAGAGCCCAGCCCACCAUCACCCCACUGCGCGGAGCUGAGAAUCGCCCCAGAGCCAGAGCCUGUAACGUCAGACCAGGUGCGAGAGCCGGCUACAGAGCUUGCCACAGGGGAGUUUACUAUGGACAGCGAGAGCGUGGAGGGAAGCUCCACCCACUGUACCAUAGCUGAGGGUGAGCCGAGCUCAGUGGACUGUUAUUUGGAUGUAUAUGCACACAUGCCCCCUCUUCUGCCUGCCCUGAACUAUCUGCCUGUGGGAAAGGCCCAGUUCUACGGGGGUGCUAGAGGGUGCUAA